GUACCACACGUAUUGUAAUUCAUAGGUAUAUUAGUUCUAUAUUCUAUUUCAACUGAAUAAGUAUCAGUUAAGUGUAAAGGUGACCUGUAACCAUAACAGUAAAUAAAUCAAGUUAAGUUAAGUGCACAGUUCAAUUCCAACGACCAUUCGACGAGUUUUGGUGUCUUCCUAAAAAAACACCUGGUGUUAGAAGAACCUUUUCAAAAAACCAAAAGUUCGCUGCAGGAAUACGACAAUCUACAUCCAAUAAUGCACACGACACAUUAUACCUUGAUUGGAAUAUUACUAUGUCUCAGUAUUAUUGGAAUAAUCUUUAUUAUGUUAAACAGAGUUAGAAUUCCAGAGCUCCUGUUCAGUCCCAGGAAAAUUAUCCACCUAGAACUAGACGAUGUUGAAGGAAAUGGUACUGCUAACGAGGACGUUUCAGUCUAAGCGGGGAGGUGUUACGAGACCGUCUCAAAGAGAAGACACCGACUUGAUACCCAGGAUUUCCAGGAAAUCACAAGUGCAAGAGAUGGGAAUAUUUCUUUAUUAAUUUAUGAGUUAGUUGAUGUCGAGAGCUUGAACUGAAAACUGCUGUGAUUUAUUUCAAAAUUGAUCUGUAGAAUUGUCCGAUUAUUUAUCUGUAAAGUUGUGAUCGGCAAUAUGGAAAAGAAAUAAUUCUUCAUAAAAACGAAACUGACAAUACGUGUUUCAUAACUAUAUGAAUUAUAAUGAUGAAAUAAUAUGAAAUGAUUAUGCGCAUUCGAAUUGAAACGUGUCGAGUUGCGUUAUCACUAAUAAAGACCAUUCGAUUGGUCGCGCAUAUGGGCAGAUUUAAUAUUCCGACGCCAGUUUUUUAAAAGGAAAAAACGUUUAACUUAUGAUGUUUCUUUAUCAUUCGUUCUAAAACUGUGAAUGAGAUUGGUAACGGUAACAUUUUCGAUUUUCAAUUAUUAUCGACAUUUUCGUGAUAUUUGUGUAAAUUAGAUACCGAUACCAUUUGAUAUUAAGAGGCACUCCAGAAUUCUUCGGGUCCUGGAGACGGUAGUCUCGGUGAUGCCCAUCUACCGAGAACGAUGAAGAGGAGGCAGAGGUGGAAGGAGGGGAAGGGAUUGCGGCUACGACCGAGGAAGGAGCCGCAGCUCCUACCGAAAAUACAGGUGGGAGGAGGGCGGCGAUGGUGGCGCCGGCUAGGCCGUCCGUUGAGGGGGUACCGGAGGCACCUAGAGCAGAGGUUCUCCGGCAGGAAGAGGUGGUGGUGGAGGAGGAGGAAAUCAGAAUGGAGGAGGUGGGCCCCUCUGGAUAGAAGGCAGAGAGAAGAUCAUUCUCGUUUGCUGAGAAUAAUGGAGGCGGUGGUGGCGGUGUCCUCCUACCAACAACGAGGCAUGGUUCAGAGAGGAGGAUGGAGGCGUAGAGGUCGCGGUUACGGCCGGGGACGGGGCCGCGGCUCCUACCGCAGUUAUAGUUGGAGGAGGGGGUGGAGGGAGGCGAGGGCUGUGGAGGCCGGCCACUCCACCGUGGAGGCGCCGGCGAGGCCGUCCGUUGAGUGGGUGCCGGAAGCACCUAGAGCAGAGGUUCUCCGGCAGGAAGAGGUGGUGGAGGAGGAGGAGAAUGGAGGAUGCGGCCCCGUCUGGAAACAUAUCCACGGGGUCACCGCCGAGGGCAACGCCGCGGCUGGAGUCGCGGCUACGGCCGGGGUCGGGCGGGCCGAGGCUCCUACCCCAAGUACAAAUGGAGGAGUGGAAGGAGGAAGGCGAGGGCUGUGGAGGCCCGCCCCUCCACCGUGGAGGCGCCAGCGCCGGCCGUGGAGGCGUCGACGCCGGCCGUGGAGGAGUACAAUCCAGGAUCCUUCGGGUGCAGGAGACUGUAGUGGGCAUUAUGCCGAUUUACUAUCCACGGGGUCACCGCCGAGGACAACGCCGCGGCUGGAGUCGCGGCUACGGCCGGGGUCGGGCGGGCCGAGGCUCCUACCCCAAGUACAAAUGGAGGAGUGGAAGGAGGGAGGCGAGGGCUGUGGAGGCCGGCCCCUCCUCCGUAGAGGCGCCACCGCCAACGCCGGUCGGGGAGGCGUCGACGCCGGCCGUUGAGGCGCCCACGCCGCCGAUGGAAGAUUCGACGGCGACCGUGGAGGCGUCGACGGCGGCCGUGGAGGGGGACUCCAAUGAUAAUGAUUCAAGGAAUAUGGAACAAUAAAAGUGUGAAAAAGA